UUCAUGAAACUAAUUCUCUAUGUCUCACAGAGAAAAUAGUUGGUCUUCAAGUAAAGACGGGUAGUUGAAUUUGACUUGCAUCACUCAGAAAAGCCAUCUGCACUAACUUGUAAUAUAUAUACAUAUAUAUAUAUAUAUAUUCUACGCCUUCAUAAUAAUUAGAUAUAUUUUGGUUAUCUGAAAUCAUUAUGACCAUGAAUUGGAGCACUGUAAACACCUGGUGGAGAAACCUUGCAACUUUUAGGACUUUAUACCUGCUCUGCCUGGGUCAGCUCGCCUCCUUUGUUCUAGCACUCUGCAGUUUCUUUUCCUCUCUCAUUGCCGAACUUGGUGUGGAUGCUCCUCUUGCUCAGAGCCUUUUUGUUUACUUGGCUUUGGCUUUGAUCUAUGGGGGCCUUCUGCUUUAUAGACGUCAGCAGCUACGAGUUUCUUGGUAUUGGUAUCCCCUCUUGGGGUUUGUUGAUGUUCAUGGGAAUUACCUCUUUAACCAAGCGUUCCAGUUUUCUUCAAUAACAAGUGUAACAUUAUUGGAUUGUUGUACCAUAGCAUGGGUCAUAAUCUUAACGCGGAUCUUCAUUGGUACUCGGUAUUCACUGUGGCAGUUAUUGGGUGCUGCCGCAUGUGUGGCGGGUCUUGGUUUGGUAUUCCUCUCAGAUGCAGGGGUGGGCGGUGGAGGUAGUUCAAGACCUCUUGUUGGUGAUUUACUUGUCAUUGGAGCAACAGUUUUAUUAGCAAUGAGCAAUGUGGGCUUGGAGUUCUGUGUUAAGAAAAAAGAUCGUGUGGAAGUAAUGUCCAUGCUUGGUGUUUUUGGAUUUAUAGUGAGUUUGUGUGAGAUAUGUAUAUUAGAACGAAAGGACCUGGAAUCAGUCAAGUGGUCUGAAGAUAUUAUAUUGGCAUUUGUUGGGUAUAUUUUCGCAGGCGUUUUAUUCUAUACACUUAUUCCAUUGGUUCUCAAGCUAAGUGGAGCCACACUGUUCAACCUGUCUGUUCUCACAUCUGAUAUGUGGGUAGUUGUGUUUCGCAUCUUUCUCUACCACCAGCAGGUUGACUGGUUAUACUAUCUAGCUUUUGCAGUUAUAGUUAUGGGGCUAAUUGUAUAUUCCACAACUGGGAAUGAUCCUGUUUCUGUACCCUAUACAGAGGAUGGAAACCCAGAUGAUCAGUACCUACUAGUUAAUGAAGAAAAUGGUGAACCUAGAAAUUCGUCUUUUACUCCGUGAGGGGCAGAGCACCUGAUGACAUAUCCAAACUUUUUACUAUAUGUGUAAUCUAAAUUUGGUUUUAAAAAUAUAUAUGAGACAAAAGAUUGAGAAGAAAGUAAUACAGCCAAUUAAUCCCUUUGGAAAUCAUUUAUAAGCAUUUUCACUAUA